CUAGGUAUAGGAGGUUUCCAUUUUUAAUUUUAAUUUGUUUUACGUUUCAGGAAUCCUAACUAAUCAAAUCUACCAUCAGUUAAAAAGAUGAUGUGAUGGGCAUCUACAAAGUUUUACGCUUAUAUACAACUGCUGAAAAGUUUUAUGUUCAACCACUUGUUCAUGUGGGUGAAAAUCCUAAAAUAUUAGAGAUUGACAGACUUACUAAUGAACUCUUUCUUAAUGAAAACAAAGGUCAAAUUCCUCCACGAUCUGCUGAAGUAAGGGAAAUUUAUGGCAUACUUGGAAUUCUGCAGUUAAUCGCAGGCCCUUAUCUGGUUGUUGUCUCAAAGAGAAAAGUUGUUGGUCUUAUCAAUGGCGAAGAAAUAUGGCAAAUGAAAGAAGCUGAUUUAAUACCUUUUCCAAAAAGUACUACACAUCUUACUGAAAGUCAGAUUCGAGAUAAUAAAAUUUUUAUACAAAUGGCAUCAAGUGCAUUGCAAACAGAUGGUUUUUAUUUUUCGUACACUUUUGAUAUAACUCAUUCUGCUCAGCGAUUGUACAACACAAGUAGUGAUUUUAAAGAUGCUCCUCUUUAUGAAAGAGCUGAUCAUCGAUUUGUAUGGAAUCAAAGUAUGCUGAAUUUGUUUAUUGUGCAGCCUGAGCUUAGUUCAUUUGUACUUCCACUUAUGCAUGGAUUUGUAGAAAUAAAAAAGUGCUCUAUAAAGCAAUAUCCAUUAGAUUUUAUAUUGAUAUCUCGUAGGAGCUGUUAUAGAGCAGGUACUCGCUACAAUAUUAGAGGUUUAGAUGAAAGUGGGGAGGCUGCUAAUUAUGUUGAAACAGAGCAAUUAAUAUGUUGCAAUAAUGAAAUAGCAUCUUUUGUACAGACUCGUGGUUCUAUACCAUUGUAUUGGUCACAAUAUCCCACAAUUAAAUAUAAACCUAAACCAAUGCUAACACCUUCUUGCAAUAAUAUAGAAGGAUUUAAGCGCCAUAUCGAUAAUCAACUUGCUUAUUAUGGGAAACAAAUACUUAUUAAUUUAAUAGACCAGAAAGGAUCAGAAAAAGUUAUUGGUGACAAAUUUAAAGAAAUAGCUCUCCAUAGUGGUUACAAUGAGAUACAACUGAAGUAUGUUGCAUUUGACUUCCACAAAGAAUGCAGCAAAAUGCGUUGGAAUCGACUUGAUCUUUUAUUAGAUCAGCUAAAAAAUUCAAUUUUUGCUAUGUCAUACUUUAGAGUUCAACAUGAUCGCAAUAUUGUUGAACAACAAAGUGGCGUAUUUCGGACUAACUGUAUAGACUGUUUAGAUCGCACCAAUGUUGUGCAAAGCAUGAUUGCAAAAUAUGUUCUUGAAAAACAAUUACAAGCUAUGGGAGUUCUUGGAGUUGAAAACCACAUUACAGAUUAUUCAGAUUUUGAGUUUACAUUUAAAAAUGUGUGGGCAGACAAUGCUGAUAUGAUAGCACAUCAGUACACUGGUACAGGAGCUUUGAAGACAGAUUUUACUAGAACCGGAAAACGUUCGUCUUUUGGUGUCUUACAAGAUGGUGUAAACUCUCUAAUUCGAUAUUAUAAAAAUAAUUUUGCGGAUGGUUUUAGACAGGAUGGGAUUGACCUAAUUCUUGGAAAUUAUAAUAUAUCUACAAAUGACAAAGUUUCGCCUCUCAAAAUUCAGACUGGUUAUAAAUACCUAGCCCUACCUGCAAUUUUUUUGAUUGGUUUCUCGAUGCUGAUUAUCAGCCUGCUUUUACCUGCAACGGACUUUCGCUUACAACUUACUUACAUAUUAUUUUGGGGAGUUGCCUGCUUAAUAACUUUAUAUUUCGUUUCGUUAUACGGCACUGAACUUGUGGAUAAACCUCGACUUGUUCACAAGUGGCACAAAUCUGCAAAAUUUUAAUCUACUUGACGCUUAUAAAUAGUUUUCAAAAAUGUUUUCAUAAAAUAAUUGUUUGAAAAAUAAAAUCUUUUAAAA